AUGGCGAAUGUAAUUGGUGUUCUUUGCAGUUUUGACCACGACGCCCAAGACUGGCGUAUUUUCAAAGGUCGGCUGGAACAAUUCAUCAAACUGAAUGCCAUAAAAAGUGAAAGCAAGAGUGCCUUACUUCUUACCCAUCUGUCGGAUAAUAGCUACCGCCUGGCUAGAAACCUUCUCCACCCGGCCGUGCUCGAGGAGGUUGCCUUCGAAGACCUCGUGAAAAAAUUGGACCAGCAUUUCACGCCGAAACGAUGCACUUUCGCCGAUAGAGAGAAGUUCUAUGAGGCAAAGAAAUCUGAGGGUGAGAGCGUCGAAGAAUGGGCGGCGCGUGUGAGAGGCUUAGCCGUUGACUGUGAGUUUGGAGAAGCAUUGGAUAUGAUGCUGAGAGAUCGUUUUAUACUCGGGCUUGCACCGUGUCGGGAACGUGACCGGCUUUUUGAAGAGAAUGCCAGCAAACUCACUUUUGCUAAGGCGUUGGAGGUAGCUCAACAGGCUGCGUACGCGAGAUUGGCUCGAUCCAAGGCACCUGCAGCAUCGGAUUCGGCGGCAAGCAUCGUCAAGGCCACGCAGAUUAAGGAGGAACCUGUGUACCGACUCAGCGGACAGCGUGCGCGUGGCGGGUCUGCCGCAGCGCCCGCGCCCGCCCGCAGCUCGGACAAUAGUUCCGGGGAGGUUCGUCGGUGCAUGGUGUGCGGCUUCAAGAGUCAUGAUGCAGAGAAGUGUCGUUUUAAGAAUUACCGGUGCCAGGUUUGCAACACAGUAGGUCAUUUGAAGAAAAUGUGCACUAAAAGGAAGGGUGAACCUCGCCUGAACUGCUUAAAUACUGAAGCUGACUCAAGUGAUUGCGAGGAAUGUGAAGUGUAUUCUUUAAGGUGCGCGCGAGACGAACGGCUCGCGUGCUGAUGUCGUGAGCCCCUCGCAGUCACCACCGCCGCCGCUCCUGCGCUCGCCCUCGCCAAAAAGGGGGCCACAGUCGCCACCAACAGUACCGUAUGAUAAGGAACAGCAAACUAUACACGCCGAGGAACAUGAUAGUGGGGAGGAGGAUGAGUGGGCUGAGGCUCAGGACACAGCCGUUGAUGAUGAGCAAAAUAAUUGUCCUAUCAUUGAAUCAUCAAGGUCUGCAAGGCCCAUUCGUAGUUGUAGGCGUAAGAUUGAUUAUAAACUUUUAAAUGGAUAAGUUACCGCGCAUUAGGUGAGGCAGGUACAGGCCGUUUAGCGUACUUAGACUAAGUAUAUAUACCUAUAUCUAUUGCUAUAACUACUGUGUGUGUGUCAAUUAUUAAUAAGGAAAUAGUUAAGUUUUAGUAUUAAGCCUUAUUAGUUUCACUUAUUGUUAAAAAAAAAAUGUAACUUUGAUAAUAGUGUCGGAGGAGUGAUGUGUAUGCGUGCGUUAUCUGUGCGUGCCGCAACUGUCAACUGUCAGUGAGAUGUUAAGGCGGGCUGUCACAAAAUAAAGGAGCAUCGUGCCAUGCAACCAUA